AGGCUUCUAUCAGACUAGACUCGGCCUGACUGCCCAGACUUGUAACCCGUAGGUUUUAGUUUUAGUAAAUCAGUGAUGCACGCACACGCGUGUCGUACAGGUCGUCUGUAAAUUAAGGAAAAACUUUUUUAGUUAUAUUAUUCUAUAUUCUUUGUACUUGUACAUACAAAUCCGAUACCCCGGUCAGGAGAAUAUAAUAGAUCAUAUAAUAUUGAGAGGAGUCAACACAGAAAAAUAAAAAGAGGAACAAGUAAACCAACUGACUAGUGUUGCGGCUAGCGUGGUACGUACAUACCCGGAGCAGACGUUGUGAUAAAGAAACAGAAACAACCGGAGCGUUGCCUUGUAUGGUGGAAUUAUUCCAGUCAGUGAUGUUUCUUUAGUUAACUAACGUUGUUCCCUUUCAUAUUUUAAUAAAAAAAAUAAUAAUAAUAAUUAUUAUUAUUAUUAAAAAUACUUUUAUUUUUUUUUCUGUGUAAAAUAGUUGACAUAUAUAUAUUUAAAUAAAAAAAUUAUAUACAAAUUUAUUUAUAAAGUGUAACUGGAAGGGGAACACGUCGUAAAGAAGCGACCUUGAAAUCGCGUAUACGUAAAACUCGACAAUCCGUCAAAACUAGACGAUACACCAUUUUAUAUGACGCGUGUGUAUACGAUAAAACAGUAAUAAUAAUAGUAAAAUAAUAAUUGAAGAUAAUAAUAAAAUAUAUUUACUAAUAAUAAAUUUAAUGAUUGAGAAGAAGGCUAGAAAAAUUACACAGUGAGUGAUAAAAAAAAAAGGUAUAUGUUUUUGGUGACGUUAUAACCUCAAAUCUGUGGUCUGUGUUGUGGGGUUGAGGUUUGUUAUUGAAUUGACUGAUAAGUUUUUCGGUCUGUUGAUUGAUCGAAUAAUUGGAGUUGAUCGUUGAGUUUUGGUUUAGUUGAUUUUAGUUUUUAUUAUAUUUUGAGAGACCUGUUGAGAGUUGUGCGAGUUGGUGGAGUAAAAUGUUACAGCACGGGGGAUCUAGUGUUGGAUUGAUUGGAGGAAAUGGGCAAGGGGCACAAAACACUGGCGGGUAUGGCAGCAUGGGCCAGGUUGACGGCUCCGGGGGCCAGGGCCCCGAACAGGCUGUUGAAGCUAGGAAGCAAGAUAUUGGAGAAAUUUUACAACAGAUUAUGAAUAUUACUGACCAGAGUUUGGAUGAAGCACAGGCUAGAAAACAUACGCUGAACUGCCAUAGAAUGAAGCCGGCAUUAUUUUCGGUGCUCUGCGAGAUAAAGGAAAAAACAGUUCUGUCACUGAGAAAUACCCAAGAAGAAGAGCCUCCAGAUCCUCAACUGAUGAGGUUAGACAACAUGUUGAUAGCCGAGGGCGUUGCUGGACCAGAAAAAGGCGGCGGUGCUGGAGCUGCAGCAUCUGCGUCAGCAGCCUCGGCAGCUGGACCCCCAGGACAACCUGACAACGCUAUUGAACACUCUGAUUACCGUGCUAAGCUUGCCCAAAUCAGACAAAUUUACCACCAGGAGCUCGAAAAAUACGAACAGGCGUGUAACGAGUUCACUACGCACGUAAUGAAUCUUCUGAGAGAACAAAGUCGUACCAGGCCGAUUACACCUAAGGAAAUUGAAAGAAUGGUGCAAAUAAUUCACAAAAAGUUUUCGAGUAUCCAAAUGCAGCUUAAACAAUCUACCUGUGAGGCUGUUAUGAUCCUCAGAAGUCGAUUCCUUGAUGCCAGACGUAAAAGACGGAACUUCAGUAAACAAGCAUCCGAAAUACUGAACGAAUAUUUUUACUCGCAUUUGAGUAAUCCUUACCCCAGUGAAGAAGCUAAAGAAGAAUUAGCGAGAAAGUGUGGUAUUACCGUCAGCCAGGUGUCCAAUUGGUUUGGCAACAAGAGAAUACGUUACAAGAAAAAUAUCGGCAAAGCACAAGAAGAAGCUAACUUGUAUGCCGCUAAAAAAGCAGCGGCGGCUUUUGCAGGAGCGUCGCCGUACAGCAUGGGCGGCGCCAGUCAGGGUACAUCCACGCCGAUGAUGUCUCCGGCGCCACCGGGUGGUCCUCAGGACAUGGCAGGAUACGGCAUGGGAAUUAACGGAAGUGACUAUGGUUCACAACCCUACAAUGACGGAUCUAUGGGAUAUGAUCCGAUGCAUCAGGAGCUGUCGCCUUGAAAUCCUUAGAAGACGAAGCAUUAAUAAAAGCAUAUUUUGUUUUUUAAAUUUGAUCACUCAAACUGUGAUCAUUAAGUUCACUAAAAUGAACAAAUACGAACUAAGAUCGAUAUUAAUUACAUAAGAAUAAGAAUAAUAAUAUUAAUAAUAAUAACAAUAAAAAAAUUAUUUAUCUCUUGAGUAAAUACGAGGAGCAUUGAUAAAUCAUCGAUCAUAAAAAACCCGGCAAUAUUUUUCACUAAAAACUCCUUGUAUCUGCCGCCUUUUUCAAUAAUCCCUCGAAAAAAACUAAAAACGAAUUAAUAAAUAAAUAA